AUGUUGAACAUAGAAAUUACAAAACAGUUCCCAUACGGUCAGGAAGUCUAUGAUAUUUAUUUCCUUUUUUUCAGAACUGGAUGGCCUACGAACAUUUCCACAUCCUGGGAGACAAAGGAUUCCUUGUCUGUAAGGUUUUCCGAAAACAAGGUACCAUCUACAAGAAACAGUUACGCCUUAUGUAAGGUAUGUAAUUCCAAAGUAAUGAUGCCCUCGACAAGGGAAUGGUAAGGAGGCUCGAACCCGAAGAGUAUAAGCCAGAACGGGGACGAAACCCAUUUGGGUAC